UCCACAGGUAACCAGAUGAAGGCGGUGCUGAGCCUGCUACUCCCCUGCCUCCUGGCCCGGGUGUGGCUGGUGCCUGGCUUGGCCUCUGGUCCCUGGUCGCCAGAAGCCCAGGCAGGGCCGGAAAUUCUGCAGACCCCCACUGUCCCGAAUGGGACCUUCCAGGGCAUGCAGGCCCCUGCGGAGGAGCAGGAAGAGCCCUGGCUGACAGCCAGCGGGCACGAGCUCUCUUACGAGACCUCCAACUUGGGGUUCAGCCUGCUGCGCAAGAUCUCCAUGAGGCACGAAGGCAACGUGGUCUUCUCUCCACUCGGCCUAUCCUUGGCCAUGGCAACCCUGAUGCUGGGGACCAAAGGGCAGACCAAAACCCAGCUGGAGGACAGGCUCCUCCUGCAGACCCUGAACCAGACCAGGCCCGGGCAGCUGCUCACCCUCUUUCGGCGGCUCAGACAGCGCCUCUCCCACAACCGGGAGCUGGGCCUCACCCAGGGGAGCUUGGCCUUUAUCCACAAGGAUUUUGAUGUCAAAGAGACCUUCCUGAAUUUAUCCAAGAGGUAUUUCGAUACUCAGUGUGUGACUGUGAAUUUUCGCAAUGCCUCACAGGCCAGAAAGCUCAUGAAUCAUUAUAUUAACAAAGAGACGCAGGGGAAAAUCCCCAAACUCUUUGAUGAGAUUAAUCCUGACACCAAAGUAAUUCUUCUGGAUUACAUCUUGCUCAAAGGGAGAUGGCUGACCCCUUUUGACCCAGUCUUCACCACGGCGGACACCUUCCACCUGGACAAGUACAGGAUGGUUAAGGUGCCCACGAUGUACACAGUAGGCAACUUCGCCUCCACCUUUGAUGAGAAUUUCCGUUGCCAUGUGCUCAAACUGCCCUACCGAGGAGGCGCUGCCAUGCUGGUGGUCCUCGCGGAGGGAAUGGGCGAGCACCUUGCCCUCGAGGACUACCUGAGCACCGACCUCGUGGACACGUGGCUGAGCAGCAUGGAGACCAGAAAUAUGGAAGUUUUCUUUCCAAAGUUCAAGUUAGACCAGAAGUAUGAGAUGCAUGAACUGCUUAAGCAGAUGAGAAUCAGAAGAAUCUUCUCGCCCUGGGCCAACCUGAGUGAACUCUCAGCUACUGCGAGAAAUCUGAAAGUAUCUAAGGUUUUACUAAGAGCAGUGAUUGAGGUCGAUGAAAAAGGAACAGAGGCAGUGGCGGGAACCAUGUCAGAAAUUAUUGCUUAUUCCAUGCCUCCCAUCAUCAAGGUGGACCGACCAUUUCAUUUCAUGAUCUAUGAAGAAAGCUCUAGAAUGCUUCUGUUUCUGGGCAGGGUGGUGAACCCAACUCUCCUGUGAUUGAUGACAAGCACGAGUACUCAGUGCACGUGGACGCUGAGUGUGAGGUAUGGGAGCUCACGCAGGGUACUGGCUCUGGGUGGUGGGAGAGAGUGGCUCCUGUCCUUUGCUAGUGUGAGCCACUCUUAGAUAAGCCAAGUAUUAAAGUCAAGCUUACUUUAAGGAGAUGUUUGUACAGUCUGUUUGGUAUUUUAAGUCUGUUUCUUAGAGCCUUUGUUGUUGACUAAAGACCAGCUUGGGAGACUCUCUAUACCUUUUGUUGGGGACCUGGACUUAGAAGAAAACAGUA